UCCAGGAGAGAUAAACACGACUCAGUAGAUAAAAACUUUAUUGGACGUUAGUAUGCAGAAAAGAAGACUGUUUUAAGGGAAAGGACUCCCCACUGUAAGCAAUAUCCCCACGCCUCCCACACUGCUUCCUCUCUGCUGAUUGUCUUGUUUCCACACACUCAUCUGAGCGCACUUCAGGCACGGGACAGCAUGACUAGCGGAUACAAGGACGGAGCACCUGAAGAGGAUUACGCUCACUCACCGUUCAUCAGGAAACAGGGGAACAUUUAUAAACCAAAUAAUAAAGAAAUGGAUAACGACAGCAUCAACGAAAAGACCCUUCAGGAUGUCCACACCAAGGAGAUUGACCUGGUCAACCGGGACCCAAAGCAUUUAAAUGACGAUGUGGUCAAGGUGGAAUUUGAGGACGUGAUCGCUGAGCCUGCUGGUACUUACAGCUUCGACGGCGUGUGGAAAGCAAGCUUCACCACCUUCACAGUAACCAAGUACUGGUGCUACAGGCUGCUGACAGCCCUGGGGGGGGCCAUCCCGCUCGCCCUGGUAUGGGGCAUCUUCUUCGCAUCCUCCCUCUCCUUCAUUCCACAUCUGGCGGUGGUGCCUUGCUUGAAGAGCUACCUAAUCGAGAUCUUCAUUGUGUCCAGUCGAGUCUACUCCAAACCCCCUCUUGUGCACACCUUCUGCGAACCCGCUCUUCGAAGCCAUGGAAAGUGCUUCAGUCAACAAGUGUCCUGGGAGUCACCCCACCUCCACCAAGGUGGUGUAGGACAGAGAGAAGGAAAAGAGCCAGAGGGAUGGGGUGGGGUGGGUUGUUGUGUGGAAGGGGAAUGGAAAACAAUGUCCAAUGCAGGAAGAUAA